AUGCCGCACGGUCUCACAGUGCUCACCGCCACGAUGACAGGGGGCGUAGUAGGAGGGCCUGCUGCUGCGGGAACGGCAGGGGGAUGCUGUGGGUGGUGCCCGUGCUGCCCGUGCUGCCCCACCCCUGUAGCCGUACCCGCCGCUCACGCCGGCAUCACUGUAGGUGGAGGCGCAGUGCCCGGAGCAGCAAUGGUACCGGGCGCAGCAGUGGCACCGGGAGCAGCAAUGGCGCCUGGUGCAGCCGUGGCGCCCGGCGCAGCAAUGGUGCCUGGAGCUGUGCCGGGAGGCUGGGGUGCAGGAACAGCUGCAGGAGGAUAUGGAGCUUCAAUGGCCCCAGGAGCUGCUGGCGCUGCUGGGGCAGGUGGCUACUACGGCGCCGCCACGGGGACCCCGGCACUAGCAUCAAUGAUGGCGUGGUUCAGUGGGGCGAACGACCAUGCUGGCAAGCUCCUUAAAAAGUUCCGAGACGGGACUGGCUGGCCUGAAGAAGGGGAAGUUUCAAGGGGAGAUGAUAGCGGCGACACAACGUCUGCUUCAGAACCCGGUGAUGCCAACAGCCGCCGAAGUUCCAUGGGCAGCACAGUUAGACGCGUGAAGCGAUCGCCCAACGACUCGCUCAGUGAGAGCGGCCAAAGUACCGGCUCCUUGGACUUCAUUUAG